CUGUAGCCAUACAGAAAAAAUGCAUGAUAGGAAGGGAAAUACAUUGUACUAUAAUUUUCUUUGCACAAGCGGUUACUAAUUUUGAAUGAAAAGAACAAUAUCAACCUGAUACAAUGAAAAGGCAGAGCUGGCAAAUAAAACCAAAGCAGCCUAUACAAAUCAUGCUGUUUAGUUUCUACUACAGUCUCUUUCGGUCUCUUUAUAGGAACAUUUAAAAGAAUCUCACAUUAGUCAAAUUUCCACUACGAAAUCAGAAUACAUAAGAGUUUAGUUAUCAUGUCUACAUUUUGUCUUGAGCCUCCAAAAUAUUACUAACUCAAAAAAUGCAAAACAAAAUCACACACUUAAUCAUAGUUGUUACACUCGAUAAUUGAUUCAAUUCACUUGGAUACAUUAUGUACACUACUCCGUGGCAAUUACAGGAGUCACGCCAGCGUCAGCAGCUGACAUCAUCGUCCCGACCUGAGAAUUGUAUUUUUUAUAUACAGUAUUUGCAAAGAAAACAAGAAAAACAAUAUAAAUGGAAAUCUUUAUCAAGCACGUGAUUCAAUCACUUGGAAACAACUUGCCCACUUGGGCUCACUAAAAUGAAAUUUCAGAGAACCCGACUAAAUCAAUAAACAAUUCACACAAAAGGCCAAAGAUAUCAAUCUUCAAAAUCCCGCAGGUGCAUUGAAUCAUUUCCCCUCAUCCUUCCCUCUUUCCUCCCCUAUAUAUCCCUUCCCUUUCCAUUUUCUACCAAAAAGUUCCAGAAAAAUAAAAAAUCUGCUUUCUCUCCCCCAAAAACACACUGUACCAGUAGCAUUCCCUUCAAUACAACAAACCCAAAUCCCCAUUUAUUUCCCCAAUUCCUAAAUUGUUGCUGUGUUUUCUCUGGAUACCCAUUCAAUUACUUUUGGGUUCUUCUGAAAAAAUGUAUCAGCAAGUUAUGAAUGAUUAUCAUCUCCCUCCGGCCAGUAAUAAUGUACCGGGGGAUUUUCCGGUGUACUGCCGGAGCUCCAGCUUCAGUAACCUCAUCCCAUGCUUAACCGAAACUUGGGGUGACCUGCCUUUAAAGGUUGAUGACUCGGAGGACAUGGUCAUUUACGGCCUAUUACGUGACGCCGUUAGUGUUGGAUGGAAUCCAUUUAAUCUGGCGUCGGAUGACGCCAGCCUCGAUGUGUUCGACGUCAAAGCCGAGCCCUGUGACGAGUUAUUGGAAGCCACAACCAGCUUCUCUGCAGUUUCUACUGCCGGAAUUGACCAGCAAUUAAUGCCUGCGUCUCCGGCUCCGGUGGCCGGGGCUCCGGCUAAGCAGGCCCACCCGAAAGGUAGGCACUUCAGGGGAGUCAGGCAGCGGCCGUGGGGGAAGUUUGCGGCGGAGAUAAGGGAUCCGGCGAAGAACGGCGCCAGGGUGUGGCUGGGUACAUACGAGACGGCUGAAGAAGCGGCUCUGGCUUAUGACAGAGCGGCUUACAGGAUGAGGGGUUCUAAAGCCUUGUUAAACUUCCCUCACAGAGCUGGAUUGAACGAGCCGGAACCAGUGAGGGUGACGGCUAAGAGAAGGUCGCCGGAACCGGCUGUGUCGGGGGUUUCAUCGGCUUCGGAGAGCGGCUCACCAAAGCGGAGGAGAAAGCCGGUGAAGGCUGAGCAAGCCGAGUCGGAAGUUGAGAGCCAAUCGAAUGUAUUUCCGGUAAGUUGUCAAAUGGCACAAAUGCCAGUUGGCGAACAACUAUUGGUAAGUUAAAAGUGGAGAAAGAAGAAAAGUGACAAAAAGCAAAGAAAUAGUGGUACCAAAACCAAAUACCAACUCCGCCAAAAUGGUUUUUGGAUUGUCCAUCAGCUGUCUAGCAACUUGCCUACCCAACAAAAGGCCGAAGGCUGUACUAUAGUCACUUAGUUUGGGAUAUUGGUUUUGGUAAAUGAAUUUAUCUAUACCUGAGGCGUUUGGGCGUUUGCGGCUUGCCUAAUAUGGUUUACCUUGUUCCGACAUGAGAAGGGUUAAUUUGCACAUGAAAGUGUGAUUAGUUCACUCGUAAGAGUAAAAGGGGAAAAAAAAGGACUACUCUACUAGUUUGGUUUAUUUUGUGUGAAUAGAAAUGAAUUUUGGGUUUUCUAUAGAGUUUUAGUUGGACUUGGCCCUUUAAAUCUCCCAAGGGCCCUUGUAAGCAAUGAAAAUGAAUCAGCUAUUUAGAUGACCGAAUUCCAAAUUUCCCAAUUAUCUUCUCUAUGUGCUAUGUUUGGGCCAUCGAAAUUGUCGUCGUGUCCCAUGACAAAUUCCAAAAGCUGGAUAAAAUGAUUCUGGUCACAAAUAAUCUAGUUUCCCUUGCAUUCAAUAGCUGUAUCCUAAUUCACAAGUGUCUCGAAAGGAGUUCGGACAAUAUUUGAUGUAUUAUGGAACAUGCCUUUGCAACAACUUUUGAUAGUUGUUCUUGAUCAAUUUCUUUUCCAAUUUGAUUAAGUUUUGUAAUAUGGUAGUUCUUGUUUAUUACAACAAAAAAAACUCAUCUACAUUUUCUCAAACCUGCUUGUUGAAUCAAAUGACAAAAAUAAGGGUAGGAUAUAGUCAUAUUUGACUACACUAUCUUAUUACUGC